AUUUGCUUUCAUUACCAGACACUCAAAUCUCCGAAAUGAAGUCCCUCGGUACUUUCUUGGUUCCUUGGCCCUGCUCAUCACAAAAUGCUUGAGCAUUAUUGUUGAGAACGGAGUCCUAGAAUCUUCUUUGGUCUCCGGCCCGGGCGUGACUGUUGCCAGCAGUAGCUUCGUCGGGAAUCUAGGCUCAAUUAGGUCUUUCAGGGAAGGGCCAUUCGGGAUUGGCAUCGGCGUAAUUAUCUCGUCAGGUUAUGCGGAAGACGCUGUACCGGGCGGAUUCGCCAACAACGACGUGGGUACUGGAGGCUCGGCCUUCUGCGGGGAUGUCACUUCCUUUGACGCUGCAGUUUGGACAGUUCAAGUCGACGUUCAGGAUGGCUACAAUGGAGUUCUGGUCGAGUUUAUCGCGGCCUCUGCGGAGAAUGAUAGGGAACCCGAUACUAUCGCCAUCUGGCUGGAUGGCGUCCAAUAUGCCCUGGGUAGCUCUGGACAGCAAAUCGAUGCAAGAUCGAGUUACUUCCAGGGUCCUGUUGUUAUCUCCCAGCCCAACAAUGAUCUUCAAUUCAACGAAGCUUCACCGCCCCUGCUUCUUGGUAUUCCUGCUGCCACGGGCCCACAUAACCUUGUAUUUGCCGCCUGCGAUGCAAAUGACCCUUACUUGGAUACGGGAUUGUUGUUUAAGAUCCAAGGUUGUAAAGAAUGCGAUGAAGAACUCAAAAUCAACUGUGUUACGAGCACAGUUACCGUGGCAGCGGGGGUGGCAACGAGCACUACAGAGACCAUCAAGGCGUAUAGUACCUUCUCAGGCACCUUUUUAGUCACCGUCCAAGAAGCUCCGGAUACUUCGACUACGGAGGCUGACACCACAACAGCUACUGGAGAGCCGACAAUUGAUACCGCGACCACUACUGCAGAGUCGACACCUACAUCUGAUACCACUGCCGACACCAGCACCGAAGACACCACUGAAGUGACUUCUGGGUCACAAAUAAGUACUGAUACUACAUUUGUUGAAAGCAGUAGUACUACUGAUGUUGCGGCAGACGGUACGACUACUAGUGGCGCUACCUCUUAUACCACCACUGCCGAUACCACAGAGACCACCAUGCACACUAGUGAGGAGCCAGCGGCCACGUAUGAUACCAGUAUCGGUACAACUACCGAGGAUACCACCAAAGCAGCUAGUAGUGCCGAUUCACAAACAAGCACUGAUGCCGGAACUAUUGCGAGCACUACCAGCGACAUUACGACAGAGGUUACCACUGAUCCUAUAACUAUAAGUAGUUCUACCUUUAAUGCUACCCCUUCUGAUGUCACCGAGACCAGUACGGUCGCUGAAUCUGAUGAAACCAUUUCGACAAAUGGGUCUACUGACGUAGUAUCAACCGACAAGGAUACAACAAGUAUAUCAGACAGUCAGCAAACUCGCUCCAGCAUCACCAUAGAGCCCUCAUUCAUAUCUGAAACAACUGCAGCUACAGACGCAGAGGGACCGACAAGCAUUGAGCGAACUUCUGCUAUAACUUCGGAAGCUACACCUGCAGUUGAUUCAACAAGUACAUUAAAAGAUACUGCGAACCAGCCUUCAACGGGUAUCACACUACGGCCUUCUUCAUCCAAUGUAGACUCACCCUCCUCAACUCCAUCGAAUGCCGCCUUCAACCUACCUUUCAUUGGCGAAUACGCUUAUUUUGGCUGUCUCGGAUCCACGGCUGAAUACCCGACCUUCACAGACGUGUCAAACGACGACGGAGACAUGACAACAGAGAAAUGCGUGUCUCUAGCAGCCGGAAGUAAAUACAUCGGGUUAUAUCGGGGAUCCUGUUUCGCCGCUGAUUCCCUCGCUGGGUCUAUGCUUGUUCUUGAUGCAAGUUGCAAUCUCCGCUGUCCUGGAGGCUCGGGGCUGUUCUGCGGAGGAACGACCAGUGGAACACGGCGUCGCCGCGAUAUAAGCUCCAACUUACUCUUGACGCUAUAUGCCGCGGAGGAUGACAGCUCCAGUCUAGCCGCUGGUGCUUCUACCACUGCAGCGGCUGGUGAGCUUGCUACCGGCGUAACAACAGAAGAUUCGGGUACUAGCUCGGCCGCCGAACCCAUUUCUUCACCGGUAGACCUACUUCGACCCACAGCCUCCGAUACCGAGACAACCAAAGCUCGACUCCCUAUUAGUUUUCCUACUGCUGGUCCUAGCUUCAUGCCUACGAUGCGCUGGACUAAGGGCUUUAACAUUACCAAGACAGCCGCUGCACCUGCGUCUGCCACUGCUGUUACUACAGUUAUGUACACCACGGUCGACCGGGACGAUCCGAAUCAACUCAUUACUGCAGAGAUUGCUGUGACGAUGGGAUAUACGCCAUGCAACUGCGCUGAUCAAAUUCUGCCGGCUAUCGAUAUGACUACCGUUAUGGUGCCAUGCAACUCGUGCGGUCCACGAGGCGAAAGCAACAUUUGGCUUACAGUUCCAGCUGCUGCCUGUCAGAGUGAUGGACCAAGUCGCCGUCCCGAUAUCAAAGUUGACCCACAUGGCAUGGGCCCUAAGUACAUGACACAUGCCAACCCAGCUCUGAAACAGCAGCCAAGUGCCGAGUCAAACAAUAACAAUAAGUCGCCGGAUGACUACCAAGAUGCCGACGACUAUUGGGCUCAUCGACAGGAUCCUCAACAGUCUACUCAUCCCUACAAGGAGCAGGUCAAAUCAUCAGAGGCCUCAAGAUAUGCCAAGUAG